AUGUUGACACUGUGCCAAGCAAGCUAUAUAUGUGUAGACGUAGCGAUGAACAGUGGUUACACACUGAUCUGCUUUGUAUUAUGUAGUGCGAUCAAUAGGAUAGUUAGCCCAAUAAAGUUCAUUAGAAUGCUACCACGUAUUAACACACUAUUACAACAAUACGAUCCAAAUAGUAAACGGUCGAUUUCUGAGCCUUGCUCACCAUCGCUCCGCCCGUUGGCUCCAAUUAGACCUGGAUCUUUCACAGCAAACGUAGGCGGCGUUAUUACGCUUCCACCUUUGCAAUUGGCACCAUUACAACGGUCUGCAUCACCUCAGAUACUUGCCACACCUGUAAGUACUGUUAAAAGAGCUCAAUCGUGUUGUGGAUCAAUUGAAAACUCACCAGCACCACAACGCAUGGCAACACCAAGCUCACUAGCCAAAACUCCACAACCUGAUAGCCGAAAGGCGUUUGCAUUUAUAUCGCAUUCUCAAGAAACGUUUCCUUCCAAGGAGCCAUCCAUCGAUAACGCCCCAUUGGCAAGACGCAAGAGACGCAGGACGUCCAAGCGCGAGCUAAACAUCCUACAAUCCGAAUUUGAGCGGUGUGCAACCCCAGAUAAACAGACACGUCUUCAACUCUCGGAGUCGUGCUCGAUGUCCGAAAAGGCAAUCCAGAUCUGGUUCCAAAACAAGCGUCAAAGUGUCAAGAGACAUGAGAAGAACGGUGCUGCUGCCAACAGCAGCGGCCACACUACAGACGGUGACGAAUCUGCAGAACCUCAGUCUCCACUCAUCGCCAAUUCAUUCACUCCCGUAAGCGUUAGAACUUCUUCAUCUUCUGCACUUACUGGCAACCCUAAGACUCCUCCUCUGGCAAUCUUGGACACUUCCAACAUAGUGCUGGACACUGUGACUCCACAUGGAGAUUCUACUCCUACAAAGCAGUCUAUUUACACUAGCCAACAAACGAAACGUGGACAGGCGCUGACGUUCCGUUUGAAGACUGACAACAAGACAAUGACACCGAUAAAGACGUCUCCAAACAACCGAGUUAACAAACUGAUCAACGGUCACAAUCAGAGGUCGCCCAAGGGCACCAAAGGGCUUGCACACAAUCUCAACACAACGCCCCUACGAAGUUUGGACAUAAAUGCCAUCAGAAAUUGA